AACAUAAGUGCGAUAAAAUUGAGUGACGAGAAAACGAACCAAUUCUAAAUAUUUUCUCUCUCACACCAAACACUUCCUUUUCUGACACACCCUCUCUACUCUACCCAUCUGCACAAACUUCCCUUGUCUUUCUCUUACACUUUUGUCCCUUUUCCCUCAAAACUUUCCUUCAAACCUUUCGAUUCUCUCCAUUUUCUCUCUCUCGCUUUUCACCGAUCAUGCUUCAAAGCUUAAUCCCUCGUUCCCCUCUCAAUUCUUCCAAACCAACCACCAUGAAAACCAAGCGCGAUGACGGCGGCGGCGGAAGCGAUUCCGCCGUCGACGAACACUCCUUCAAGCGGAGAAACUUCUCCGGCGAGAAAGCGAUAGAAGAAGGCGAGGCGGCGCAUGAGGAGGACCAGGUUCUGCAACCGGCGUCCUCCUCCGGUGAAGACGAAUCCACCGGGCUUAAACUCCUAGGACUUCUACUCCAAUGCGCAGAGUGCGUCGCCAUGGACAAUCUCGACUUCGCGAACGACCUUCUCCCGGAGAUUGCAGAGCUUUCUUCACCGUUCGGAACUUCGCCGGAGCGCGUCGGCGCGUACUUCGCGCAGGCUCUACAAUCUCGCGUGGUGAGUUCCUGCCUCGGCACCUACUCGCCGCUGAUGGCGAAAUCGGUAACCCUAACUCAGUCGCAGAGAAUCUUCAACGCGUUUCAAUCCUACAACUCGGUGUCGCCGCUGGUGAAAUUUUCGCACUUCACCGCCAAUCAAGCGAUCUUCCAGGCGCUAGACGGCGAGGAUCGCGUCCACAUCAUCGACCUCGACAUCAUGCAGGGGCUUCAAUGGCCGGGACUGUUCCACAUCCUCGCCUCGCGAGCGAGGAAGAUCCGUUCGUUGAGGAUCACCGGGUUCGGAUCCUCAUCGGAGCUGUUAGAAUCCACCGGGAGAAGACUCGCCGAUUUCGCGAGCUCGCUUGGGCUUCCGUUUGAGUUUCAUCCGGUGGAGGGGAAAAUCGGGAGCGUGACGGAGCUGAGUCAACUCGGCGUUAGGCCGGGUGAAGCCACGGUGGUGCACUGGAUGCACCACUGCUUGUACGACAUAACCGGAAGCGAUUUAGGGACGUUGAGAUUGCUGAGUCAGCUCCGGCCGAAGCUGAUCACGACGGUGGAGCAGGACCUCAGCCACGCCGGAAGCUUCCUGGCGAGGUUUGUGGAGGCGCUGCAUUACUACAGCGCGUUGUUCGACGCGCUCGGGGAUGGAUUGGGUGCGGACAGUUUGGAGCGGCACACGGUGGAGCAGCAGCUGCUCGGCUGCGAGAUCAGGAAUAUCGUGGCGGUUGGUGGGCCCAAGAGGACUGGUGAAGUUAAGGUGGAGAGGUGGGGAGAUGAGCUGAAACGGGUCGGGUUUCGACCCGUUUCGUUGCGGGGUAACCCGGCUGCUCAGGCGAGUUUGUUGCUGGGAAUGUUUCCAUGGAGAGGGUACACGCUAGUGGAGGAGAAUGGUUCUCUUAAGAUUGGUUGGAAGGAUCUGUCUUUGUUGAUUGCCUCUGCUUGGCAACCGUCCGAUUUGAUUACUUAUCAUGAUUGAAAAGUUGAAUAUUGAAAUUGAAAAUUGAAACCAAUAUCAAAUUCAGCUUCAUGAAUGAUGAUGAACAACAACUCUUGUGUUGUGUUGUGUUGUGUUGAGACUCCAAGAUAGGACAUGGUUGGUUGGAACUUGGAAGACAAAAAGAAGAGAAUCUUUUACUUGAAUGAAUAGUGAGAAAUCAAUCAUUCAUUCAAAUUUUCAACAAACUAUGAUCAACUACUGUGGUUGGUUUCUUGUGA